AUGGCAUCUGCUGCUGCUGCUGCUACCGAUGCUUCUGCUGCUGUUGAUAUCGAGGACGAGGACCAAAAGAGGAGGAGGAGGAAAUGGAGGAGUUUGAGGAGGGAAAGUAAAAUCAUGGGACAGAUUGAUAUCGAAAUCGAAUCGAAUUCUUCCCGAGGACAACAACAACAGUAUUUAUCGAUACGAUUAACGAACAAAAACUACGACGACGCGGCGGAGAUGUGCGUGAACUUUUGCGAGGAGCGCGGGUUGCCGAUGAAAAUCGCGCCGGCGUUAGCGUUACGGCUGAGAGCGGCGUAUAAGAAGGCGCUGAUAAAACAGGCGAUGGAUUCUUCUUUGAAUUCUUCUUCUGUUGGAGGCUUUGAACGCGAACGCGAACGCGCAAAAACGGAAGGAGAAGAAGAUAAAGAAGAAGAAUACAAAGAAGAAGAAGAAGUUCGACGAGAGAAAGUGCAACUACUGACGUCGAACCCGGCGGAUAUGGCGAGGCGCAUAGCGGAGAUUAAGAAGAAUAAUACAUUUAACAAAGAAGAUGAGACGACUACGGCGACAAAAGCGAAUACAACGACAAGCAAAUCGUUUCAAAUGGUCACGCCUUCAAACGUUGGGUCCUGGAAUCCAGUUGCGAGUGGGGAAAUGACGAUGCAAAAAAUUGGUGCGGAUGCGACGAGAGUCGUGCGGAGAGAACGUGAAAGAGAAAGAGAAGAAGAAGAAAUAAACGGAGGAGGAGAUUUGUUGGAGGUUAUCGUCGUCGACGAGCAACAACAACAAGAACAACACCCGUCGCAUGGAGGACAGUUCGAGUUCGAAGAAGAAUGCGCAUCUGAAGCGGAUCUGGAGGAGGAAAUGCUAGAGUUUGAAAUCACGCCGACGAAACAGGAUUACGCGGAUAGCUUCGCGCGUCCUUCCGAUUGGUUCGUCCAGGACUUUGAAGACAAAGCAACGCUUAGCGCGAAGAAAACAAACGAGACUUUUAAAACUCCAUCGAAAAAAGAGAGCGACAGAGGUGAAGGCAGCAGAGGUAGCGGCGCGGCGGUAGCAGCAGUAGCAGCAGCAGCAGUAGACGGCGACGACGACUCCGAUACCUCCUUAUCCGAGAAAAUUAUUCACGCCUCGCCUGGGUUCAAAGAUUCCCUAAAAAUGUUUGAAGCCAUGGACGCGCCGAAGAAGAAAUCGAGCUUUGUAAAAUCGCCGACGAUGACCGCUCCGGGAUUCGUCUCACCGAUGGAAACGAAAAAGCCAAAUCCGCGGUACGCGCCUCGAGAUUUAAACGAAUAG